CUUGACUCCAACAGAGUCUUCAGCGCAUCCCGGGACAAGACGGUGAUGAUGUGGGAGCUUCAUGGGGCUUCGGGGCCAAGCCAGCACUUCCCAGGACAUGAGCUGGUUGUUACUGGGCUGGCUGUGAGCCCGGAUGCCUCCCAGCUGUGCACGGGUUCACGAGACAACACCGUGUGCAAGUGGGACACAGAGACUGGAGAGUGUCUGGGCAGAGCUGCGAUCUCCAGGAAUCUGGUCACACAUCUGUGCUGGGUUCCUGGGGAACCUUAUGUCAUCCAGACCUCAGAGGAUAAAACUAUCAGGAUCUGGGACAGCCGGGAGCUGCAGGUGGCACACACGUUCCCAGCCAAGCGCCAUAUUCAGACGUGCUGCGACGUGAGCCAGGACGGGCGGUACUGCCUCAGCAGCAGCAGCGGCUCCGCCCGGGGGAGCGGCUCUGAACCUGUUGCCUUCCAGCUGUGGGACCUGCGGCAGACGCGGAACCACGUGCACGAGUACAAAGGGCAUUUCCAGACCACGACCUCGUGCGUCUUCCUUCCGCGGGGCCCGGCGCUCGCCCCCAGCAUCGCCACGUCCUCGUACGACAGCACCGUGAAGGUCUGGGACCGAGACACUGGAGCCUGCCUGGCCACCUUGUGCCUCGAGGGAUCGGGACCGCUGGCCUCGCUGGCCGUCUGCGACAGCUCCACGCUGCUCUGUGCCAGUUUUAACUCGGGAAUUCACGUACUCCGGAUAAACGACGGCGCAAACCCGGCGCUGGAAGAGGUGGCAGCGUUUUGA